AUGGCCUCGUCAGAUUCUCAGUCGGCGCCCACCACUGGCGCCAACAGUAGUUCCGCAUCCACACCACCCAGCAGCGGCAGCGGUACCGGCAGCAGCACGAAUCCCUCACCAUUCGCCCACGGCGUGUUCCUCCCCAACGGGGCCAACAGCGACCCGCCACUGCCCGCGAAUGACCCAACAAUAGGCUACAAGCUCAACCACUUCAUGCUGCGGAUCCGCGAGCCGAAGCGCACGAUGCACUUCUACAUCGACCUGAUGGGGAUGCGCACCGUCUUCACACUCAACGUGGGGCCCUUCACCAUCUACUACCUGGGCUAUCCGCAGACCGAGGUGCAUCGCGCCGACGUGCCCAAAUUCGGCCUCGACACCGCCAUGAACCUGCAGAGCACGCUGGGGCUGCUGGAGCUGUAUCACGUGCAUGGCUCCGAGAAGCAGCCCGACGGCUAUUAUCAGACGGGCAAUAGCCCGCCGAAUCUGGGCUUUGGCCAUUUGGGGUUCACGGUCCCCGAUGUCAAGGGCGCUUUGGACCGCUUGAAGGCUGAGGGGGUGGAGGUUGUUAAGGAUUUAGGGGAGGUCGGCCUGAGGAGUAUUCCCAUUUCCGAGUGGGAGAAUGAGAGGGGUGUUGGUCAGGAGGAGGUUGGCACGGCCACUGAGAUCCAUAAGGAGUAUAAAAAGGUGUUUUCGAAGAUCGCUUUUGUCAGAGAUCCGGAUGGAUAUAUUGUCGAACUGGUGCCACAGAAUGUCGAUCCUCUAGAUCCUUGA